AUGGUAUCAGAUUCCCCCGACCUGCUCAAUCCCUUCGCGCAGGUCGCCAGUCCCGCUUCCGCCACCAUGGAUGACAACCCCGUCGUGUCCCAUCGCUCCUCGCAGCACGGCGCCGACGGCGUCCUCAACGCUGUCCCCCUGGCCAACGCACCGCCGGCUCCAGCACCUGUCGCGCCCGCGGUGCCCGUCAUCCCUCCUCCUCCUCCUACAGCACCUGUCGCCUCCGCGAUCCUGCAGACCGUGGACAUCCGUCGUCAUUGGCGCCGCCACUUCGACACCGUCAUCGGCAUGUUCGGCCUCCGCACUCACGUCGACGCCACGGCCAUCCACCGCCACGAUGAUCCCGAGUGGGGCAUGGCUGAUCACGUCAUCGUCCACUGGUUCUACACCACCAUAUCGCUGGACCUGCUCGACGCCGUCAUGCAGCCAGACGACACUGCUCUGGCCGUCUGGACUGCGGUCCAUGGAAUCUUCCGCGACAACCACCUCGCUCGCGCUGUCUACCUCGACGCCGAGUACCACGCUGUCGUUCAGGGCGACAUGUCGAUCAUGGCGUACUGCACCAAGAUGAAGUCGUUCACGGAUCAACUCCGCGACCUCGGGCAGCCGGUAACCGACUCGCGGCAGGUCUUCAACCUGCUCCGCGGUCUGAACCGGCAGUUCCACUCCGCCAUCCCUCACAUCACCUCGCAGGUCCCGCUCCCGUCGUUCCUGCAGGUGCGCUCCUGCGUCCUGCUUGAGGAACACCGAGCAGAGCAGUCGACCACUCGCCAGCAGUCUGCGCACGCUCUCGUCGCCGGGCGUGGCGGCUCUCCUAUACCACCCACACCCCCGCCCAGCAACACCAACCAAGGGCGUGGGCGCGGACGCCGCCGCAGACGUGGCAACGGCAUUGGUGGCCCGCCCACGCCGUCCUCCCAGGCUCCCCGCCCUCCCCCGGCGUACCCCACGCCUGCACCCGGCACCAACGCAUGGACCGGCAUGGUCCAGGCUUGGCCGAUGCCUUGGCGCGCGCCUAGAGCUGGAGUGCUCGGCCCCCGCCCUGGUACGCCGUACCAGCAGGCCAUGUUCGCCGCCCCGUCGCCGGCUGCACCAUACGGCUACGGCGCUACCCUCCCCGGCUACGGCGUCAUUCCACCCGUCUCCGGCGUCCUGUCAGGCUACAGGCACCCCGGCGCCAGCUCGUCGACUGCAACCCACCAGCCAUGGGACAUGGCCUCGCUCCAGGCCGCCCUCCACAGCGCCUCGGCCAGCCCUUCCUCCUCUGGCAGCGCACCGGAGUGGUACCUCGACUCCGGCGCCGCGGCGCACAUGACGUCCUCCCCUGGACCUACGAACCAGGGUGGUGAUUCUCCGAUGUGACUCCGACGGCGAUCUCUAUCCCGUGGUGCGGCCAUCCGUCCAUUCCCCGGGCAUCUUCGCUGGCGCCGCCACGACCGACCUGUGGCAUCAACGUCUCGGCCACCCAGGGGCUGCCGCACUCCGCACCGUUGCUGCCGAUCAGUCCCUGGAGUUCUGCCGUGAUCCGCCUGUCUGUCAUGCCUGUCGUGUUGGCAAACACACCUGGCUCCCGUUUCAGACAUCCACCACUGCUAGUUUCUUUCCUUUCCAGCUUUUACACCUUGAUGUAUGGACCGCUCCCGUUGUAAGCAUAUCCGGCUAUCAGUUUUACUUAGUUGUAC